AUCCAGCUCUGUGAUAUGUGAGUUCAUUGACCAGGAGAAUUUCUAUGCCUUUCCCCCUCUUGCACAAGUCCAGUCAUCCAAUUCACUCAGGACAACAUGAGGAAGAAGCAGUGAACGUCUAUUCAAGAAAGAGGGGAAAGGAGAAGAGAAUCGCAAUUUCACAGACUUCAAAUUGCAAAAGUAAUUUCCACUCAGUUCAGCAGCAGGAGGAGAAAUGGGAUCUUGCACUUCUCUAUGGACUUUGGAAAAAGCAAACCGCUGCAGACUCUCCUACCUUGGAUGUUCUUUUUCUUUGAUUUUUGCCCCAGGAAGGCAGCACAUCUCUCAAAUCAUCCUUUCAGGCUUGCAGAUCACCAUUUCUAUCAGAGUCUACAUGAUGGCAAUUAGCAAUAAUAUUUUUUUCCCACGGCUUCUUGCUGCCACAAAAAAAUAGAUGAAUCAGGAAAAGAUGCUGUGAAGUGCUUUUGAUCCUCCAGGACAGCAGGAGUCCCAGGACGUAGGAUCAGCUUGCAAAGUGCUCACUUGAGAUCAACAGGUGAAUUAUGAAAGAGAGGCUGCUGUCAUUGCCACAGUUUCAUCUUCAUUCAAGAACUAUUUGUGGCAUUUGCUGUAUCGCCUGAUUUUACUGAAGAGGAAACAAACAACUCUGUGGAUCAACAAACAACUCCAUGGAGUAAUUGGUUCAGACAUCCAAACUGAAUAGAGGACGUUUUGCGAGAUGUCUCCUGUUUGAUUUCAUUCACUGAAAAGCCCUGUGGUAUUUAUGAAGAACUUUCUGUUUCAAUGAUACUAUUUCCACAACUGCUUGUAAACCAGAAUAUCUAACUCAACAAUGAACACGACUAUACACUGGGAUUUGACGUUCCAGCCUGAAGAGGUUAACGGUUCGGCACUUUACAACAGCAGAGAUGAGGAUGGAGUCUGCGAACUGGUUUUCAUCAAAGCUGAUGUAUUCUUGUCACUGGGGAUCGUCGGCCUUCUGGAGAACAUCUUUGUCAUCCUUGCAGUGAUCAAAAAUAGAAACCUUCAUUCCCCCAUGUACUUUUUCCUUUGCAGCUUGGCAGCAGCUGACAUGUUGGUGAGCAUAUCUAACAGCCUGGAAACUAUCAUGAUUGUCCUCCUGGAGAAGGGCUAUUUAAACAUUAAUAGUCGCUACAUCCAGCCAAUGGACAAUGUCUUUGACUCAAUGAUCUGCAUCUCUUUAAUUGGCUCCAUAUGCAACCUUUUGGUCAUAGCCAUCGACAGGUACAUCACCAUUUUCUAUGCACUUCGUUACCACAGCAUCAUGACAGUGAAGAAAGCUCUGGCCCUCAUCGGAUUGAUCUGGAUCGCUUGUAUCUGUUGUGGCAUCACUUUCAUCAUCUACUCUGAGAGCAAAAUGGUUAUUAUCUGCCUCAUUGCCAUGUUCUUUACCAUGCUUUUCCUCAUGGCCUCACUCUAUGUUCACAUGUUCAUGUUUGCACGUCUGCAUAUCAAGCGCAUUGCAGCCUUCCCAGUGGAUGAUGUGCCCCAGCAGCGUACUUGUAUGAAAGGGGCUGUCACUAUCACCAUCCUCCUCGGGGUCUUCAUUGUCUGCUGGGGACCUUUUUUCCUUCAUCUCAUUCUCAUCAUUUCUUGCCCCACCAACCCACACUGUUUUUGCUACAUCUCACAUUUUAACACAUACCUGGUUCUUAUUAUGUGCAACUCAGUCAUUGACCCAAUCAUUUAUGCUUUCCGGAGUCUGGAGAUGCGGAAGACCUUCAAGGAAAUGGUUUGCUGCUGCUUCGGCUUGAGUUCAGGAUAGUAUCUGCUCUGAUGUGUUAGCCCACUACUGUCUUUAAAGACAUUGAACAAGGUCCACUCUGAAGCAAAAUAUCCUAAACGCUACCCCAAAUAUAGUGCCAAAUGUGUAUGGUCCAAAGAGAAAAUAGAGGUUUUUCUAGCAAUGAUCAAAGAAAGGCUUAAAGACUAGAAAGUGUUAAGGGGAAACUGCUGUGAUUUUUCUUCCCCUUUUAUGCUUUACAGUAGAAACUUUAUCAAAGAGGGUAUUUAUUCAAUUUGAGUUUAUGUAGGUUGUGAAAACAGCAGCAAGAAUUGCAUAAGUUUACAUUAAAGAGUCAUUCAGAUAAUGUGUGGAAAAGAAAAUGAUGUACUUUUCUGUAAUAGGGCUUUUCUUCUUUUCACAUUGAUAGAGUAAAGGGAAUUUCAACAGGUACAUCAUAUGAUUGGUCCUUGGAAAGCUGCAACUAGCUUAAUUCUCAUCUCUACCAGUGUUAAAUGUGGAGACUUCUAAGUUUGACUAUUCUGGAUGGAAAUGUUUAAUUGAAAGAGACUAAUGCUGCAGUUUUAGCCAUUUUUACCAAUAAAUACAAUGCUUUCACUUAUUUAAAAAUAGGAAGAAAAUGAACUGCAUGAAUGCAGUUCUAUGAGUACAUAUGUGAAUCUCAUUAAAAAUUAGUUGGCUUGAUUUCUGAGCAAAUCUAUUUUCAAUUACAGUGUAUCUUUCAUAAGCAAAUUAAUUAUUUAAAAUAAAUGUAUAUCACCAGCAUCAUUUCUAUCUAUCGGUCUAUCUGUCUGUCUAUCUAUCGAUAAGGAGCAACCUAUAUAAUUAAGGUGGGCUCUUGGUCUCAGUAUGAGCAGGGUUUAAUUACAGAGUAUAUAUUUUCUUGUACUUCCCACCCCAUACAGGUUGCUCAGUUGAAUCCAAAUCGUGGAUAUAUUUCCUAAAAGCAUAUCUUUCUCUUUUAAAUAACAAGUGUAGAGAUUAUCAGGGUAGAAAGGACUUUUCACUUGAGCUAUUCUUCCAAACAAAAUGGAAUAGCAGAUUCAUAUCAGGAUUUCAACUUUGGAAGAACUACUGAACUAAAUCCUGUUUUCCCCACAACACUGUGAGCUAAAAUAUGGCAUCUGUCAUAUAUUAUUUUACAUCUUCUGAGCAUUUUAUCUUCGUGCUACUACAGAAAAUAUGAUCACUUGAUAAGCAAUGAUUGCCUAAAAAAGAUAACUCUGUAGAGUUGUUCCUAGAGAGGAUUGUUGCAUUACUGGCUUGUAAAGAUAUAAACCAAACAAUUCCAUCAAAGCACCUUCAGCUUUCAAGAGCUAAGGAGUGGGGCUUUGGGGAGUGUUGAACUAAGAAGUUUCCUGUGUUUUCUUCAUUCGUAACUUUGUUGUAUAGUAGUAACCUUGCAUUAAAGAAAUUUCCAAGA